AUUCUGACAGUAGCUAGAUAGUUGUGUUGAUUGAAAGAUAAGAAUAUUAGAGGUGGAUAAAAGAGUAACUCUUUCACUGUCACGAUUCUAGAUCUGAAUAAAUACUAUUCUGAAAGAAUCUACAUAAUUGUAUUAUUUACAGAAAAGGAUAUUUGCGGGGAAUGACAUAGUAAUGGUUAAUACAUCGAUAGAAACUUUAACUGUUGACAGAUCUGAUUGACAUUUAUUAUGAGAAAAUCUACGUAUUAAUUGACAGGUAAGGAUAUUGGCAGUGGAUGACGGAGUACCGGCCUGAGUCCUGCCGAGACAAACCUUGCUAUAACGUAGGUCGGUGUCGGGAGAACAAGUACGGAGUCAAAUGUGCGUGUGAGAGAUCGUACACGGGACCGCGGUGUCAACAAAGGGCUCGUAGCUUCCGUGGGGGAGGCUGGGCCUGGUUCCCCUCUCUACAGCCUUGUCAAUGA